UUCACCUAAUCUUUUACCAACUGUUAAAGCAAAGGUAUUUCAGUAAUUUCACUUUUCCAUCCCCUUUAUAAGAAUCCACGAUUCUUUGCCUCCUUGUCCAGUUUACUCGAAAAACUAUCGCCAACUUCCAUUUUUCUUUCUAUUUUCUUUUUGUUUGUAUUAUCUGGUGGUGGUUGCUGAGUGAGUAAAGCGCGAGUUCGAAUUAAUCCCUAGUUGUGCUCCCGUGUCCAAUGGAGAGAGGCGGCGGUUAUGGAGGAAGAGGAACUGGUGGACGAGGUGGUUACCGAGGAAGAGGAAGAGGAAGAGGAAGAGGAAGAGGAAGAGGAAGAGAUGGCAGCGGCGACCAGCAGCUGCCGCAUCAGACUGUUUUAGCUCGAGGACAAAGUGGGGCCCACUGGAAUCCAACUAACACUCAAGUGGGUCCUUAUGAAGGAACGGAACAGGGCGGCGCCGCAAGAGGUGGUUACACUGGUGGUGGUCACGGUGGCAUUGGUGGAAGGGCAGGGUGGGUCCCUCGCCCUCAAUCGGAGAGACCGGAUUAUAGUUAUGCGGGGGAAUCGGCCAGAGGCGGUAGCGGUGGACCUGGCGGCGGACCAUGGGGGAGAGCGCGGAGGCCUGCUGCUGCUCCAUCACCGGGGCCUCAAGUUAACGAACCGGCAUUGCCUCUUAGUCCUACACAACCUCUCCCUGAAUCUGUCGUUAUGAAUGUUUCGGAGCAGUUGGCUUCUACAUCAUUAUCUCCUGAGAAUAGGAAUAGACAUAAUCCAAUUAUGCGACCAGAUAGAGGUGGAGUAGCAGCUGUCGCAACUGUUAGGCUUCAUGUCAAUCAUUUUCGGGUCGAGUUCAAUCCUGAGAGUACCAUAAGGCACUAUGAUAUUGAUGUCAGGCCAAUGGAGUCUCCCAGGCAUGGUCGCCCUGUGAAACUAUCGAAGUCACUGUUGUCUACGAUCCGGAAAAAACUUUUCACUGAUAAUCCUUCUCAAUUGCCACUGUUGAUGACUGCAUAUGAUGGUGAAAAGAAUAUAUUUAGUGCUGUUCGACUACCUGAAGGAGAAUACAAAGUGGAAUUGUCCGAGGGGGAAGACAUGAAGUCUCGUAAAUUCAUGUUUUCUAUAAAGCUUGUGAAUGAGCUCAAGCUUUGCAAGUUGCGGGAUUACUUGACUAAGAACGCCUCCUCAAUACCUCGUGACAUAUUACAGGGGAUGGAUGUAGUUAUGAAGGAGAAUCCAGGUUUGCAUAUGAUUCCGGCCGGUCGAAGCUUCCAUCCUGCUGAAUCUAGUCCAGAAGAUGAUCUUGGCUUUGGCAUCACAGCAUCCAGUGGAAUCCAAUAUAGCCUCAAACCCACAUUCCAGGGUCUGGCACUUUGCCUGGAUUAUACUGUUUUAGCAUUUCGUAAGAGAAUGCCAGUUAUAGAAUUUCUAGUGGAGCACAUUUGUGGUUUUAAUGUGAAUAAUUUUGGAAGGUUUAGGCGAGAUGUUGAGCAAGUGCUGAGAAACUUGAAGGUUACUGUAACCCAUCGACUUACCAAACAAAAAUAUCCUAUAGUUGGGUUGACCACUCAUAAUACCAUCAAUAUUUCAUUUCCAGAUGCAAAUGCUCCACAAGAGCGUAUUAGACUUGUUGAUUAUUUCAGGGAGAAAUACAAUAAGAAUAUCACCUACUUGGAUAUUCCUUGCCUAGAUUUGAGCAAGAACAAUCGGAUGAACUAUGUCCCAAUGGAGUUCUGUGUCUUAGCUGAGGGGCAGGUCUAUCCAAAGGAGAAUUUGGAUCGAGAAGCAGCCUAUUUAUUGAAGGAGAUAUCACUGGCAAAACCACAUGUAAGACAGAGCAAGAUCUGUGGAAUGGUUCGAUCCGAAGAUGGACCUUGUGGUGGAAACAUUAUCCAAAAUUUUGGAAUUGAAGUCGAUACUAGGAUGACACCAGUGAUAGGACGUGUGAUUGGGCCUCCAGUUUUGAAGCUGGCUGCUUCUACUACUGGUAAAUUGAUGAAGAUAACAGUUGACAAACUCAACUGCCAAUGGAACCUGGUUGGAAAAGCUGUUGUGGAAGGCAAAUCAAUUGAGCGCUGGGCUGUGAUUGACUUUAGCUAUGCUGAUCGAGCCAGACUGAAUUAUGAUUCAUUCAUUCCAAAGCUGAGAGAAAGGUGUAGGAGUCUCAGGAUGAAAAUGGAGGAGCCUCUUUUAUGUCAAAAGACUCGAAUGCAAAUAUUUUCUGAUGGUAAUGCACUUCGCCAACUACUUGAAGAAGUUACUAGUCGAGCUUAUAAGCUUGGUGGAGGAAAUUUGCAAUUUCUACUUUGUGUUAUGUCGAGGAAGGAUGAUGGCUACAACUAUCUUAAGUGGGUCUCUGAGACUAAAAUUGGUGUGGUGACUCAGUGUUGUCUGUCCAACCAUGCAAACAAAGGGCAUGACCAAUACCUUGCUAAUCUUGCCCUGAAAAUCAAUGCCAAGCUUGGGGGCAGCAAUGUGGAGCUGAAUGACAGGCUUCCACACUUCCGGGGUGAAGGCCAUGUUAUGUUUGUGGGAGCAGAUGUUAAUCAUCCUGGCUCUCAUAAUAAGACUAGCCCAUCUAUAGCUGCUGUAGUGGCCACAGUAAACUGGCCCGAAGCUAAUCGUUAUGCAGCAAGGGUUCGUCCCCAGAGCCAUCGCAAAGAAAAGAUACUGCAGUUCGGGGAAAUGUGUUUAGAGCUUGUUGAAUCUUAUGCUCGUCUAAAUAAUGUCAAACCAGAAAAAAUUUUGCUCUUUCGUGAUGGGGUCAGUGAGGGGCAGUUUGAUAUGGUUCUCAAUGAAGAGUUAAUGGAUAUCAAGAGUGCAUUUGGGAAAAUCAAUUACUUUCCUACAAUCACGCUUAUUGUUGCUCAGAAGCGGCACCAAACUCGUUUCUUUCCAGAGGGCAAGAAAGAUGGGGGUCCCUCUGGUAAUAUUUCCCCGGGCACAGUUGUUGACACUCAAAUUGUGCACCCGUUCGAAUUUGACUUCUAUCUUUGUAGUCACUAUGGAAGCAUUGGUACUAGCAAGCCCACCCACUACCAUGUGUUGUGGGAUGAGCACGGGUUCUCUUCUGACGAGUUGCAGAAGCUUAUAUACGACAUGUGCUUUACCUUUGCUCGGUGUACAAAACCUGUAUCUUUGGUACCGCCUGUAUACUAUGCCGACCUUGUUGCUUAUAGAGGCCGGCUUUACUAUCAGGCAAUGAUGGAAAAACUAUCUCCCCUUUCGGCCUCAUCCUCAUCUUCAUCAUUGGCAUCGUUAUCAUCACUGUCGUCUACAGCUUCAUUCCAUGAAUUAUUUAAGUUGCAUGCGGACCUGGAAAACAUGAUGUUUUUUGUUUGACCGAAGCAGGAUCAAAAUUCCCUUUGACAAUGGGUUAAAUGGCCAGUUUUGUUUGAAAGAAAUGCCCUGAACGCAGGUUUACUCCUUUCCUAAUCCCUAGUAAAGGGGUUUGUGCGUGAAUCUAACGGGUUUUAAGGCUUCUAGCAUUUCCUAUUUUAUAUUGUCAGUUUUUACUGUGAUUUGGGGAGUUUUAUAUUAACUAAAAGAUGGGAUUGAAUUUGCGUUUGUUUUCUUUUUCCCCGUCUUUCCGGAAAUUCUAGAGUUGGUUUUUAUGUUGUUGGUUGCUUUCUUUACUCCAAAGCAACUUGAAUAGGGGAAAGAGCACCUUGAACAAGGACUAUGAUGUCCUUUCGACUUCGUUUGUUAGCUAUGCUUGCACCUUUUGUUUAUUUCUCUUCUUAUUUUUGUGUUUCACUAUGAUGUACUUUCGACUUCGUUUGUUAUCUAUGCUUGCACCUUUUGUUUAUUUCUUUUCUUAUUUUUGUGUUUCUUUCCUUAAUUGCGUAAUACAUUUAUACAGUUACGUUGGAAGGAAGGAAUAUUGAUCAAAAGGAAAAAUGAAAAGUUAUUCAUCCUGUUAUUAGCUUGAUCAUUCAACAGUUUUUUUUUUUUUAUUCCUACCGCCACUAAAG